AGCUAGCUGCGAAGGCGCGGAGUCCCGCGUCGGCCCACGGCUGCUCAAACAAGUUCAUUGGGACAGGAGAUAGCCGUUGCGGACGUGCUCUAACUGUGCCUAAACGCUGCGGCACUCGCGGCCACACCUACGCCACACUCGCGCCGCGCUCAGAGGCGCGAAAAACGCAGAGCAAUUUCGACAUCGCCCGGGAGGCACUAUAAACGCCCACUUUCGCAGCGGACGCGCAGCGGACACACCAUGCAGUUCGUCACGCCGACCAAGGCCGUGGACCCGCUCGACGGCCUCCCGCCGCCGCCGCGCAGCCCGCGGCCCGGGCCGAAGUGGCUCGCCUGGCCGCCGUCAAAACUACCGCAGCGGCCAAACACCUUCACGGCACUGAAGGGCAACAGCGGCCUCGUGAUAUGCGUCGGAUUAAACAAAGACGGCACCUACGUCGCGUUCGAUGGGCACUGUUACCACAUGGGCGAGCCGUUGUUCGACGGUUGCGGCACGGGCGACAUCGAGGACGACGGUUCAAUAAGGUGCCCGGCACACGGCCGCCGCGUCCAUUCUGAAACGGGCGCGUGCGCCGAACGCGGCCCUUUCGCCCAGCGGACGUAUCGGACGCGCGUGCGGCAGACGGCCGAGGGCGUUGUUGUGGACGUCGACGUCUCGAGACCGGGCUCCUUCGCGAGCGACGCCUACAACGGCGGCUGCCCGUCGAGCGUCGAGCGGCGGCGGCGCGCUUGCGCUGCGAUCGACCGCGUGACGCCGGACCGGCACGUUCGUAGAAGGCUGGCCUACGACGACGACGACGAGGAGAUGGCGGCGUCGUAGGGGUCUGUUUGUUCUUGUGAUAAUAGCUAUACUGGAGAAUUUACGCGCUACCCGGCGGCGGCGUUUCGUGGGCGCGUAGCGCGAAUCGCGCGUUUCGCAGGUUGCGCUCAACCGCUAACGUGAAAGGGUGUGCCCCACCCAGCACGCGGCGCGCGAUCCGUUCCGUGUCCUCGAGCGUCGUCACGGCCUCGCGGAGAUCGUCGGGGGUGGCGGGGUCAUACUUCGCGCCGGCGACGCGCGUCACGCUCGCGCGCUGCAUCCUCCCGGCGGCGCUGGGACCGCACGGCCGGCGGCGGCGGGCGCGACGCAUCGCGUGCCGGCCCGACGACGGCGCGCCGCGCGCGGGGCCGUGCGUCCUGGCGCAGGACCAUUUCCUGCCGUUCACGUUCCAGCAUGCGCUCAUAAACUCCGUGCCGACGCGCGGCGUCGCGGCGCUCGUGCAGAAGUACCUUUUACCAGACGCCACGCUGGUCGUCGAGUCGCCGCGGGCGACGCACCGCGCGGCGCACGAGGGCGACCUCCGGCCCUGGCGCGCGACGCGCUGCGGACUGGCCGCCGACGGCGCCACGCGGGAGUGGGUCUUCCUUGGUGAGGAGUCGGUCGACUGCUACCCGCGCGGCGCGUACGACUGGUUUCGCCGGAGGGAUGCGGCGUCGGAGCCAGGUGAUCUCCUGGUCUACGCGUCGCGCGACGACAGCGCCGAGCGGCGGACGACGGGCGACGCCGGGCGCCUCGAGGCCUGGCUGGAGGCGCUCGCGACGCGGCUUCGGCUCCGAUACGUCAAAUUGUGGAGUUACGACCCGCCCGAAAAAAUGCGUGCCACGUUUCGCG